AUGAGCGGCGACAGGGUUUAUGCGUUGAGGGGGACUUCUGUCCUUUAUGAGGUGCUCGGUGUCUCGCGGACCGCCACACAACGUGAGAUUCGCCAGGCCUACUACAGGCUUGCGGUGCUCUACCACCCCGAUAAAAACCCAGAAGGGUCGAACGUCUUCAAGGAGGUUUGCUUUGCCCAUGGAAUUCUGUCUGAUCCAGAGCAGCGUGCCUUGUACGAUAGUGGCACGCUGCGAGGCGAGCUCGAGUUGAAGGCGCGGGCCUAUGACCCUUCUAUGGACCCAGGCGUGGAGCUGAGUCCAGAGGACUUGCGCGUUUUCGUGGACCGCGUUCGGCAGUCGCAGGACGCCAAUCGGCAGGUGCAGUCUACCUUUGAGCUAAGGCGUGAGGAAGAGAUGAAGCGAAGGGCGGGGUUCGAUGCCAAGAAUCCGUCCUUUAAGGCGGAGUAUGAGAAUGCUCGGCGUCUGCGGCAGGAUGGCUGCGGAAGCUCCACUUCUGCAGCCCAUGCACAUGUUCCCGGCACUGCAGACUAUUCGACGCCAGCACCAUCUAAGGUGCGCACUUCUGCCGAGGUGCUGGCUGAGCUGCAGCGAGAGGAGGAGGAACGCCUCUAUGGCAACCCUGGAAUGGCCUCUGCCAACGCCAGCAGCGGCAAAGUAUCCGGGAGGGGUGGAGCCCCUGCGAAACAGCAGAUGAUGGCUCACUAUCGCACCGCUCACAGUGAAGCUACGGGAGACGAAAGCCUUAGCAGCUCGUACAGCUCCAGCAGCGCCGCAGCCACCCUGCGGAAUCGUCAGCUGCAAUCCACUAGUCUGCUGUUUGUCAAGACCCACUGCCAGAAGCCCCAAUACAGCGAAACGGUUAGUGUGACGGUUCAGGAGUACGCAAACUAUGACUACCGUACUUUCGUAGAAGGGGGCAGUGUUGAUCGUGGGGAGCUUGAGGGGGCGAUCAUGGCCGACGCCUUAGUCAACUACGACCGAAACCACUGA